UUUCAAUGAUUAGUUACCAUCACUAAUUUUCUGAUAGUGAUGUCUGUGCUUUGCCUAAACUCAUUGCCAGUUCGUUACUCGACUUCAAUAUGAGUAACAACUCUGGUUGUGAGGUUUUUACGACUCCGUUUAAAAUGUUAAGAUUCUUGUUUGUUAUAUAUCUCAUACCUCAGCAGACUUUCGGAUUUUCAAGGCUGAUAGAUGAUGAACUCGGUUUCAGCUCAGCUGCGCACUUACGACCUCUUGCGGCGGGGCCAAAAACCGCCGUCAAAACAGAGACCAGCCAGGGACUAGACGAUGCUGUCACGAAGGCGGACGCCUUCAUAAAAUCCCUGGAGACCUUCGACGCUUUAAAGAACUUGAAACAAAGCGCUCAAGCUCUGGCAGUCUCCACGAAAGCCUUGGUCGAGGCGGCCGGCACCAUGACAGACCACGAGUACUCAGCUCCCCUCUACACUUUCGUCAGACUGGAGCACGAGAGCUUCCCGGAUGUCCAGUACCAUGUCACCGUCGCCGACACAAAAGAUCAGGCGAAGGACUGGACCGAUCUUCUCGUCCAUCGGGCGGACGGUGUUUUCUUCGCCUUCAAGGCCUAUCGCUCGCGAGGUCAUGAAAUAGGGCUGUAUCAACUCGCCUGCAUCACCGAUUAUAAUGAUACCGUGCUCUUCUACGACCAGUUCAGUCGCCCGGUGACGCAUACUGUUGUCGUGGGUGUGGAGUUCCUGACGCCAGAAGGGAUGCGGUUCUCGUAUCUGGUUGAUACGGAGGACCCUAAGAACCCGCUCACCGUUGA